GAGCGGCUGCGUCCGCGCGGGCGCGGGCGCUCCCGCGGCGCAGGGGCGCCCCCCGCCCUCGCAGCUGGAGGACGUCGUCGCCAACGCGCGGGGCCUGCUCUUCGCGGUGUACCCAAAAGGCCCGAGGGCCGCCUGGCGCAACGUCCUGGCCGGCUUCGCGGUGUCGCUGGCCAUGAUCCCCGAGUCCGUGGCCUUCGCCUUCGUGGCAGGCGUCACGCCCAUCUCGGGGAGUCGCCGUGGUGGUCGGCUUCUUCGCCGCCGCCUUCGGCGGCAAGGCCGGGAUUGCGUCGGGGGCCGCGGGCUCGACGGCCGUCGUCAUGGUCGCGUUGGUGGCGAAGUACGGAACGUCGUACUUAAGCGCCGCCGUCGUGCUUGCGGGCGUGCUGCAGAUGACGGCCGGGGCGCUCGGCUGGGGGAAGUUCAUCAAGCUGGUGCCACACCCGGUCAUGCUCGGCUUCGUGAACGGGCUGGCGAUCGUCAUCUUCAUGGCCCAGCUGAGCCACUUCCGGGAUCCCCUCACGGGCCUCUGGCUCGGAGGCCCGCAGGGUGCCACCAUGCUGGGGCUGACGGCCCUGUCGAUGGCGCUGGUCAAGCUGCUGCCGCGGCUGACGACGGCUGUGCCCUCCUCGCUCCUGACGGUGGGGAUCGUCACGGCCGUGGCCAAGGUGUUCAGCCUGCCUGCGAAAACCCUCACAGACAUCGCCGGCGCGGAGACAUUCCGGGGAGGCCUCGCGAUCCUGCCCAAGCUGGCCAUACCGGCGGUGCCCUGGGCCUCCGCUCCACUGCAGACGCUGGGCAUCCUGCUGCCCUACGCCGCCACGAUGGCAUCGGUGGGGCUCGUCGAGUCCCUGCUGACGCUGCAGCUUGUCGACGGGCUGGUGGACGACGGGAAGCGGGGGGACACGGCGAAGGAGUGCGUCGGCCAGGGCCUCGGGAACUUCUUCAGCGGCCUGCUCGGCGGCAUGGGCGGCUGCGCGAUGAUCGGGCAGACGCAGGUGAACGUGCAGGCCGGGGCCACGUCCAGGCUGGCGGGCAUCUCGAUGUCGGCCUUCCUCGCCGCCGGCAUCGUCUGCGCGGCGCCCCUGCUCGGGCAGGUGCCGAUCGCCGCGCUGGUAGGCAUCAUGUUCAUCGUCUGCGAGUCCACCUUCGAGUGGUCCAGUUUCCGCCUGAUGCGCAGGAUCCCGCGGGCCGACGCGGCGGUCAUCGUGGCCGUCUCCCUGGUGACCGUCGUGAAGGACCUGGCGGUUGCCGUAGUCGCCGGCACGGUGCUGUCCGCGCUGGUCUUCGCCUGGAACCAGAGCACCUCAAUCACGGCGAGCGUGUCCACGGCGCAGCGCGGGGCGGAAACAGGCUGGAAGACGUACAUGCUCCGCGGUCCCCUGUUCUUCGGGUCAGCUCAGGCGUUCAACGACAUAUUCGAAGUCGCGGACGACCCGGAGGACAUCGUCAUCGAUUUCGCUGGCUCGCGCGCGAUGGACCACUCCGCCCUGGAGGCGAUCAACGGCCUCGCGGAGCGGUACGGCGAGGCGGGGAAGCGGGUGCACCUGCGCCACCUGUCCUCGGACUGCGCCGAGCUCCUGGAGCGGCUGAACGGCAGGAGAAGGCCGUACGAGAUCAUCGAGAGGCAGCCCUCCGAGGACCCCGUCUACGAGGUGGCGGAGGGCGGCGCCCUGUACACGGACGUGCCCGUCCCCUCAGUCAAGGACCUCCUCCUCGGGGACGCCGGCCCCCCUCGAGAGCCGGAGGACGACGAGGAGGACCCGUGACGCACCGUGGCGGCCCCCUCGGGGGGCCCUCGGGCGCGGCUUCGCCUGCCCUCCGCGCCCUCUUCGCGCGCGGGCCGCGCGCGCCGGCUUCUCGGGCGCGGGCCUUCGGCGAGGACGGCCGAGCCUCGACGAGGCCGCGGCGCCGCGCUGCCCUCUCGGCGCGAGGCCGCGGCGAGGCCCCCGGCGGGCAGCGGCACCGCGCCGGCCUCGGCGGUGCCCCGGCGAGGGCCGCGCACACCCCGGAGGCGUCUGCUUCCCCCACUCGCCUCUU